GGGUCGUCAGUGAACUGUUGUUGUAUUUGGUCUGGGCAGGGUUUUCAGGUGCUGGUGGAGACGGAGUGGCUGGAUUACGGUCAUAAGUUUGCUGAGCGCUGCGGUCAGGGCGAGAAUGCAGACGAUCUGAACGAGCGCUGUCCCGUGUUCCUGCAGUGGCUGGACUGUGUUCACCAGCUCCAGAGACAGUUCCCCUGCUCCUUCCAGUUCAACGAGGCCUUUCUGGUGAAGUUAGUGCAGCACACGUACUCGUGUCUGUUUGGGACGUUCCUGUGUAACAGCGUGAAGGAGCGCGAGGAGCGGCGCGUUCAGGAGAAGACAUGCUCCGUUUGGUCUCUGCUGCGGCCCGCCAACACUUCCUUCCACAACAUCCUGUACUCGCCGCGCUCCGAGACGGUUUUGCACCCGGUGUGUCACGUGAGGAAUCUGAUGCUGUGGAGUGCCAUCUACCUGCCUAACUCCGCCCCCUCCACACCUUCUGACGAGUCAUGUGUGCCACACUCCGCCCCCUCAGCCUCGCCCGAGGACACACCUGUGAGCAGGUUACCAAAGACACGCUCAUACGACGACCUGCCCACGUCCUGUGAGGGUUUGACCCCGAACCGCCGCAGCAGCGACCCAAACCUGAACGAGUGGCAUGAGCGCAGGCUCACAUUGGAGAUCAGCGUGAGGACAGAAGCCGACGGAAACCACACGCAGACAUCAGAACGAGGCCUAAACACCAACCUUUCUGAUGAAUUAAACACAGAUCAUCCAGAAAAUGGGGCGGAGCUUUCUGUGACUGACAGCCAAAUGCAAAACACCUCACAGGAAGAGCACAGGAAUCUGGAUCUUCUGAAAAACAUCAGAAGGAAUACCCCAGAGGAAUCGGCUCUUAAUGAGAACAACCAAACGCUUGAGUUGCCUGAGGAGCUUGAAGAAAAACGCCCACCCGUAUCCCAGCAUCCUUUGCAAACUAACGAAAACAUUGAAUUAACACCAGACGGACUGCUUCUAGAUAAUUCUACUAUUACCCAUGAUUCCUCAGAAUGUAGCAGCCAGUCUUCCAUGGAAAGUUCUUCCAGUCCAAACCACACGACUCUUAAUGGAGUCUGCUCACCUUCCCAGCAUCCUCUUUUUCCGUCGUCCGAUCGGGAUAGCGGCUCGCAGAUGUCUGCAGCUGGAGACGCUUCUCCGACGUCGCCCCACAAGCACCCGCUGGGUGUUUCCGGGCAUUUAUCGGCGUUAGGGCACCUGGAUAAGGAUGGCUUGAGUCUGCACAGCGAUGCUGUACAGGUGCGUCUGCGGCAGAUGGAGGCGGGGCAUCAGCUGCAGGUGGAGACGCUGAAGAAACAGGUGCAGGAGCUCUGGAGCCGUCUGCAUGUCAACAGGAAGCUGGUGAGGAACAAACACACGUUACGCUUCGUAAUCUGCGUGAUUGCACGAGUGGAAUUUAAUGCUGUGAAAAUAAUUAUUUUAUUUAAUUAAGGUCUGUUAUUGUUA